UAUCGAAAUUUCAAAUUGAAUCAUUUAGUUGUAUUGUUGUCAAUUUGUAACUCUGAACUCGUAAUUUUAAAUUUAUCAUAAUAAUAUUCAAUGCUGAACAUUUACAAAUUCAAAACUCAAAUUGUACCUAGUUACGAAACGUUGUAACUUAAUACUUUGUUUCUAAAUAAUUUAUAAAAAUGAAUAAGCCUAAGACAAAUAACAAACUAUCAAAAAAACAAGAUGAUAAUAACGAAAACGCCUGUCGUCGUAAAAACUGUAGGUAUGUUGUGCCUAAACCUACUUUGUAUUCAUCUAUUAUUCAAACAGAGGCAAAGUUGAGGAACAUUACACAUUCUCGUUUGGAGCCCAAACCAAAUACGGUCAAAAGAGGAGUCAGGGAGGUGAAUUUUCCAUUUACCAAACAUGUGUACGACUAUAAUAACAUGAUGAAUAUCGGAUUAAAUAGCAAUUUAAAUACUGCAACAAAACCCAAGCCUAGGGAACUGCAUUCAACAAAAAAUCCAGAACCCAAGUUAUAUGAUUAUUACAGACCGAAUUUUGAUAAUGUCCAGCGAAUAGAAAUGAACGGCAUUAAUACUAGUCCAGAAUUAACAUUACAGUAUGAUGGUUUGGCAGUGUCGAAAUUACUAAAUGAAAUUGAUGAUUUGAUCUUUAGAUAAACAACAAUUGAUAGUAAAAAGAAUUAAACUACCUUUUUGUUAUCUAUUUUAACUUUGUGAUAUUUUUAAAUGUAAUAAGACUAUUAUUUGAUAUAAUUUAGUAAUAAUAAGA